AUGUGGAACUUUGUGCUUCUUUACAAGGUAACAUACAAGAACAAUAUCACCUCAGUAAUUAUUCUGGGGUUUCCAAACCUUGAAAACUUUAAAAUUCCUCUGUUCUUGCUUCUAAUCACCAUUUACUCUGUGACCAUUCCUGGAAACCUGCUAAUCGUGAUUUUAUUUCUACUGAAUAAAAACCUUCAGACCCCCAUGUACUUCUUCAUUACACAGCUAUCAUUCUAUGAUAUCCUACUGACUACAGAUAUUCUUCCUAACCUGCUGCACAUUGUGUUAUAUGGCGGCUGCACUAUGUCUUUUAUCGGAUGCAUCAUUCAGUUUUAUUUCUUUGCCAUAUCGGAAUCCUCUGAGUGUCUUCUUCUGUCAGUGAUGUCUUAUGAUCGCUAUCUGGCCAUCUGUCACCCAUUACACUAUAAUUCUAUAAUAAAUCACAGGUUUUGUGUGAAAUCUGUUAUUAUUAUUUGGAUGUUGAAUUUAACGAUGUUGGUAAUCAAUGCGAUAUCGAUGUGUAGCUUACAUUUCUGCGGCCCAAAUACCAUUGACCAUUUCUAUUGUGAUUUUGAACCCAUAUUGCAACUCUCUUGCACUGAUACCUCCGUAAUUCAUAUUCAGACAUUAAUAACAAGUUUUAUAGCCAUCAUUUGUACCUUUGCACUAGUUAUGAUGUCAUAUACCUAUAUUGUCUUUUCUAUUUUAAAGAUACCAUCAUUUACUGGAAGACAGAAAGCCUUCUCCACCUGCAGCUCUCACCUGAUGGUGGUUUCCAUAUUUUACGGGACCCUAAUCAUUAUUUAUAUGUUUCCAGUGAGACAAUUGUGGAUAAUGCGCAAGAUCCUGUCUUUGUUUUACACUGUAGUAACUCCAUUGCUUAAUCCAAUAAUAUAUACUUUCAGAAACAAAGAUUUUAAGGUUGCCUUUGAUAAAAUAAAACAGACAUGA